CCUGUUGCUCUCACUAGCUAUGUCCUCGUUCUCAUGGUGAGAGCAGAUGCUGGAAGAGGUGGGGGACCAGAGCACAACACAAACUGCACAACAUAUUACUGAAGCAAAUGCGGUUCACAGCUGAUUGCUCAAAACAUGGAUUUAUGUUUCAACAGCUGCUGAAUGAUAAGAGCGGUGGCCUGGAAGAAAACUCAUGUUUUGCUUGCAUUAACUGGAUGUUAUUUGGACUUGUGAAUCAACCCCUCUCUCACCUUCCCAGGCACUUACAGAAGGGACCUCUAAACCCUUUAGCAGGAUGAACAAGACCAAGGGAGCUUUUGAAAGCCCAGAGUUUUGGAGCCCAGGUCACACACAGAGCACCCCCUUGAUCAGUGUGGCACCACCAUUUGCAUUUGGCCAGCAGCAUGGACAAAGCCCCGAAUGCAAUCAUUAUUGUGGCCCUCUUCAUCAUCAUGGUAUCUCUGGGGUGUACAAUGGAGAUAGCCAGGAUCACAGAUCACCUCAGGAAACCCAAAGGAGUGGCAAUUGGGGUAAUGGCCCAGCAUGGCAUCAUGCCCUUAACAGCAUUUGUGCUGGGCAAGCUCUUCCAGCUGGGGGCUACAGAAUCCCUGGCCAUCCUCAUCUGUGGCUGCUGCCCAGGGGGAAACCUCUCCAACAUCUUUAGUUUGGCACUGAGAGGGGACAUGAACCUCAGCAUUGUAAUGGCCACAUGUUCAAUGCUCCUGGCAAUUGAAUUAAUGCCUCUGCUUCUGCACCUUUACUCAGAAGGGUGAUAUGAGGGUGAUUUGGAGGGCAAGAUACCUUACAAAGGGAUAAUCACAUCCCUGGUGCUGAUGCUAAUCCCCUGUGCCAUCAGCAUCAUCUUGAAUGAGAAGAAACCACAGUACACUGGCUUUAUCAUCAAGGCAGGGAUGGUUCUGCUGCUAGUGUCAUCUGCUGCAAUAAUUGUUCUUUCUGUGGCCAGUAUGGGAAGCGGUGUAAUGGUUGUCUUCUCACUCCUCCUGGGAUCUUCUGCCUUGACGCCUUUUAUUGGAUUCCUGCUGGGCUAUGCUCUCUCUGCAGUCUUCAAGCUUAAUGGCUUAUGCAGGUGGACAGUGUGCAUGGAAACUGGCUUCCAAAACACUCAGCUUUGCUCUACUAUCCUCAAGGUUUCCUUUGCCCCAGAAAUCAUUGGCCCCCUGUAUUUCUUCCCGUACUCGCUGUUCCAGCUUGGAGAGGGACUUCUGCUUAUCCUGGUCUUUAGGACCUGUGACAGAAUAAAGAGAUCAAGUGGCAAGUACAGCUUUGCUCCUGAGGAGGAAGAAGAGGACAUAAUGGCCGAGUACUGCAGCUGA